AUGGAUUCUGUGAAAAAUGAAGAUGGUCCUGCGAUCACUUCUGUGCUGAACCCUGAUGCGUCGGAGUUUACCCCAUCCAUUGAAAAUGCUGAUCUGGAGCUUCAGGGUAUUAUCCAGGGUUGUGUACGGACUGCAAAUAGAAUGCCUUCAGUGUAUGUUACGGCUGCUUCAGAUUACAAUGAAGUAACAUCACAAAUUAUAAAUACUGUAUCGUUGAUGUCAAAUCACAUUUUAGAGUUUCUCGAUGUAGUAAGAGAAAAACCUAAAAGAGAUGAUCCUGAAGGGAACUUUGAUCUACUGAAAGAUUGCAACGACAUCUUGUUAGACCGUUCUCAAAUUGCAAUGGACCAAGAAGCUGGAAUAACAAAGAAAAACAAAACAGAUGAAGAGUUAAUGAAACAAACACCUAUGUCAUUGACAGUUUGCAAACGGGAGGUUGUGACCACUACUAACAUACCGCGACCUCAACUAAAGUUCAAAGAGCCAGUCGAUAACUCAGAGAAUCUUUGGAUGCCUAAAAUUAUUAAGGACAGUAACAAAGAACGUUUGAUAGUUGAGAAUAUAUCUGCAGAGGGUAAAGUGCUUGGUUACAGAAACCCGUAUACAGAAGAUAUUGAGAAAUGUCCGCUGCCUGACAAUUUUCUAGCUGCUGAAGAAACUGUGCAAUGGCCGAGGUCUCUGGCUGAGACACCUCUAAUUUUCAUCGAUAGACUGGAACCAUUAGAAUUGAUGUUGUCCGACAUCAAUCAAGUGACUGAAAUAGCUGUUGAUCUGGAGCAUAAUUAUUUGCGUUCUUAUCUAGGCAUGACGUGUCUCAUUCAGAUAUCUACCAAGCAUAAAGAUUAUAUUAUAGACGCACUGGCAUUGCGUGAACAUUUACACAAACUAAAUGAACCAUUUACGAACUCUAAAAUUCUAAAAAUAUUUCACGGUGCAUCAAAUGAUAUCUUGUGGCUGCAAAGGGAUUUUUCCGUUUUCGUUGUCUGUAUGGUCGAUACAUACUUCGCCUCUAAAGCUCUGCGAUUAGCCAGGAACUCAUACGAAUACAUUCUAAAGAAAUAUUGCGAUAUACAGGCCAUGAAACAUUUAAGACUGUCUGAUUGGCGAAUGAGGCCACUAUCGGACCAGCUGAUAGAAUAUGCUAGGACAGAUACACACUAUCUCCUGUAUAUUUGGCACAUGAUGAAAAAGGACAUACUUAAAACGAAUGGCGAGCAUGGGUUGAUCAUGGUCUUUGAAGAGUCUAAGGCUGUUUGUGCUAAGAUAUAUGCCAAGCCAACGAUUACAGACGAGAGCCAUCUUGCCCUUAUACCCCACGACACUUAUCUGUAUCCACGCCAAAUGGAAGCCUUACGUCGACUGUUUAAAUGGAGGGACGUAAAAGCACGCGCUUUAGAUGAAAACUCGCAGCAUCUUCUGACGGAUCAUAAGUUAUUCUAUCUGGCCAAUUCCCUCCCCAGGGAAAUGCAAGCCAUAUUGGGCCUCUGUCAACCUAUGACUCCCUUCCUUAGUGAAAAUUUAUCGGAAAUACAUCAGAUUAUCCACACAUGUCGUCAAUUGCCCCUAGACGCAGCAACGGUCUAUCAUCCGGAGACUGCCUCACAAAAGAAUUUUAUAAGUGACGGUUUCAGUGGCCGAAACAUUCAGAGAUUCGAACCAGUACCCUGUGCUCCGCCUCAGGCGAUCAACAGACGCUACGUCAGGAGCCAACAAAAUAGAGCUGAUAAAGUUAGUCCAUAUCCGAAAGUUUUCUAUUCACCGAUGAGGAGGUCACAAUGUUAUCAAGAAAUGGCCCGAGUAUUAGAGAAACAAGAAGUCGGUGCGCCAUUUGUUCCUGCGCCAGUUAAGCCGCUGGUUCCACCGCCUGAGCUCAUACCACGAACCCGAAAAUUGGCACAUAGCGGUGAACCACAAUCCUGUAAUGGUACAAUUAAUACGUCUGCACCUUCGACACAAAGGCGCCAAGAUGUUACAAACAUAAGGCCGGGCUUUAAAUCGUUUUGGUUUUAA